UUGAAUAGAGAGAGAUCAAGACCGUUUCAUUCACUCACUCACUUUCUCUUCUUCUCCUUCUUCAUCUUCACCAUCUCGUUUCGCUUCUCCAUUUUCGAUUGUUGAAGUGCAUUUGCAGAUCGAUCUUCAAUUUCAAUCUCCGUUUCUAUCUGCAGAUGCACUCCGUUUCGAUGCGACUAUCGAUUAUCUCGCGUUCUGAAGCUCAGUCCGAAGAAGUUUUCUAGGGUUGGACUGUUAUUAGAAUGAUUUGGAGGACCAAUUCUGAACAGAAUCGUAGUCGAGGGGGAUUUGGUGAAUGCUACUUUACCUAUCUGCUUACAAACUAUGGAAGGUGAAAGGUCAACCCCUGCUCCAUCGGAGGGAACCGUGGACGGUGUUCAGAAAAUUAGAGCUCUAUAUGGGAGGACUACUGGGCCAACAAGACGGUCUACUAAAGGACAAUGGACUCCUGAGGAGGAUGAGAUUUUGCGGAAUGCUGUUCAUCGUUUUAAAGGGAAGAAUUGGAAAAAAAUAGCGGAGUGUUUCAAGGACAGAACUGAUGUACAAUGCCUGCAUAGGUGGCAGAAGGUCUUAAAUCCAGAACUUAUCAAAGGUCCAUGGUCUAAAGAGGAAGAUGAAAUAAUUGUUGAAUGUGUGAACAAAUAUGGGCCUAAAAAGUGGUCUACUAUCGCACAACAUUUACCUGGACGUAUUGGGAAGCAAUGUCGGGAAAGGUGGCAUAAUCAUCUUAAUCCUUCCAUAAACAAGGAAGCAUGGACGCAGGAAGAAGAGUUGGCUCUAAUCCAUGCUCAUCAGAUUUAUGGGAAUAGAUGGGCAGAAUUGACGAAGUUUUUGCCUGGAAGGACCGACAAUGCUAUAAAAAAUCACUGGAACAGCUCUGUUAAAAAGAAGUUGGAUUCUUACUUGGCGUCGGGCUUGCUCACUCAGUUACAAACUGUACCAAUCGCUGGUAAUCCGAAUCAACCUAUUGCUUCAACCUCUUCAAGGUUACAGCGUAGCGGAGAUGAUAGUGGUCCUAGGGGGACUGAAGAAGAGGAAGCUUCACAAUGCAGCCAAGAAUCAGCUAAUGCUGGUCACUUUCCGUACGCCGGAGAUAUGAGCAUUGCUGUUUUCGAAAAUGGGGAGGACUACAGGCCAAAUGAAGAAUCUAAUCUAGGCAAUCCUAGUCAAGUAUCGUGUUCAGAGCCAUAUUACAUUUCUUUGGGUGAUGUUUCUGCGUCCCUGCCAGACACAGCUUGCCAAGAGGAUUACUCUGCUCAAAUGAUUGAGUACACACAUGAACCUAGACAUAUCACAAAUGGGGAAAACCAGCUUAGUUCACAUGCCUUACCAAAUAUUUCCUCACUUGGCUUUGAGCAUGAAUCAUCACAGGUGCAAAAUGGUUGUAUAGUUCCUAGUGAAAGUCAUGACAUGGUGAACGUUCCAUUCCAUUCUUCAGAGCACAUGUUCAUACCUGAUGAUGAAUGUUGCAGAAUCCUAUUUUCUGAGGCAAUGGGUGAUUAUAAUAAAGGUGAAAACAUGAUUGACUCGAAUGGUUGCGCUUCCCUUCAUUCACCUUCAUCAGGACCUUCUUCUUCUGGUGCUAGGUUGCUGUAUACUGCAGAAGCGAAUCAGUUGCUUGGGUCUGAGGAUCAGCAGUUUAUCUCCGAAGCACAUGAUAACUUAAUUUAUGCAAAUGGCUUGAACAGCUCUCCUUGUAUUGAUAGAAAUAGGAUAGACAGUGCAGCAAUGCAAGAGACACCAGGUAUUGAGAAUGAUACUUCAAGUUUGGUCCCUGUAAAUAGUUUUUGCCAUGGAUCAGAUACUAUUCAAACUUCAAAUCCGAGAGAUGAAGAGCCAAAUGGGCACGCAGAACAGGAGGAAGCAGGUGCUCUGUGUUAUGAACCUCCCCGUUUUCCAAGUUUGGACAUUCCUUUCUUAAGCUGUGAUCUUGUACAAUCUGGGGGUGAUAUGCAGCAAGAAUUUAGUCCCCUAGGUAUCCGCCAGUUUAUGAUGUCUUCUAUGAACUGUCUAACUCCUUUCAAAUUGUGGGAUUCACCUUCUCGCGAUGAUAGUCCAGAUGCUUUGUUGAGAAGUGCUGCUAAAACUUUUACAGCUACACCAUCUAUAUUGAAGAAACGAAGCCGGGACCUUUUGUCGCCAUUAUCUGAUAAAAGAAUUGACAAGAAACUUGAGGUUGACAUGACAUCUACCUUGAUUAAAAACUUUUCCCGUUUGGAUGUCAUGUUUGUUGACAAUGAAACUCAACACUUGCUUUCUCCAGCUUCAGUGGAAAAACUGAACUCUGGUACCUCUGUUGAAGAUGACAGAGAAAAUCACAGAGAAGCUAUUAAAGUGGAACAAGUAGAGGAGAAAAAUGAAUCAGCAAAUUUGGACGACAAAAAGUCAGAAGAAGAUACUGAUAAAAGUAAUUCUGAGGAUAUGACUGAGCAGCGACCUCUUGAUAUUGAUUCCAAGACAACAAAUAAUGUUAAUAUUGUUGCUGUGACUAUGCCGCAGCCUUCAGGAAUUUUGGUGGACCAUGAUACUAAUGACCAACUGCUGCAUUCUCCUCGAGGUGGUUCAAAGUCAGAGAGGGUUCAAAGUUCAAGUGCCCGAAAACAGAAAAAUCCAUGCACAAAGGUUAACUCUCCAUGUAUUAGAGCAAAGGAGCACGAAAGACUUUCAGUUGCUGUCACUUGUGUGCAAUCCGUCUGUUCAUCAGGCCCAGGGGAGAGUUCGGGUGAUCAUACUGCAAAUGAUGGAGCCUUUGAAACGUAUAGCAUAUUUGCUGGAACACCUUUUAGGAAAAGCCUUGAAUCACCUUCGGCAUGGAAAUCUCCUGCGGCUUGGAAAUCUCCUUGGUUCGUCAAUGCUUUUUUGUCUAGCCCCAGGCCUGGCACUGAACUUACGAUUGAGGAUUUUGGGUAUUUGUUGAGCCCAGGUGAUAGAAGCUACGAUGCAAUCGGACUGAUGAAACAGGUCAGUGAACAAACCGCAGUUCAAUAUGCCAAUGCUCAUGAGAUUUUGGAAAACCAAACUCAUAAGGCGUUGUUACCAAGAGAUGCAUCUGGAAAUGACCGGGAUGAGGAACAGGAAAACAAUGAUCCUAAUAAUCAGCCUGUGGAGCGUCGCAUACUUGACUUCAGCGAAUGUGAAACUCCGGGCGAUGAUAAGAGCAAAUCCUCAGGUGUGACAUUCUCUAGCCCUUCUUCGUAUUUGUUGAAGGGUUGUAGAUAAAUAGCUGCUUCACAAGCCUCCUGUUGUUUUGUUCUUCAUAUUUAAGUAUAGAGAGAUGAGACUUCAAUUCGUAAUUGUAACAACAGAAUCUAUUUCAGUUCUUAGGAUUCUUGAUUCUUAAUCUGUCACCUCAUAUAUAUAGUAAGCAAAUUACAAUCAUGUAAAAGAUUUGGACUGUUCUCCUGCUUGAUUAAA